ACAUUAAAACCGUUCAAUUUGAAAAUAUUUGUUGUUUGGUGAAAGCAAAUUGUUUUCUUGAUUAAUUUUGAAUUUAAUUCAUAUUUUGUUGAAUUAAUUUUCGUUUAAUUUGUGUAUCAAAAUGCCACAAAAAAACAUAUAUUACAGUGAUAAAUAUUAUGAUGAUAAGUAUGAAUACAGACAUGUAACUUUACCCGCUGAUGUAGCAAAGCUUGUUCCUAAAACUCAUUUGAUGUCGGAAGAUGAAUGGAGAGGAAUUGGGAUUCAGCAAAGUCAAGGAUGGGUCCAUUACAUGGUACAUGAGCCUGAGCCUAACAUUAUCCUAUUUAGAAGGCCAAUUAAAGGUCAGCCUCCAAGUCAAUUUGAUCAAUUGAAAGCAGAAAUGACUGCUGAGCAAUGAUUUUUUUUCAAAAAAAGUCAACCGUCAAAAUAUAUUUUAAUUACCUCUUGUCAUUCCGUCGUUUUCUAUUCACUUUUCAAAUGAAAAGUAAAUGUAAAUUUGAAAAAAAAACAUUCGCUGUAUAAAAUGGAAACUGUUGAACACAAACCUUAAGGCUAAAUCUCCACUAACUGGUCUCUAACAUCAUUAAAAUAUUCCCGCCUUAA